AUGCCGGCAGCGGCGGGAGACGGGCUCCUGGGCGAGCCGGCGGCUCCCGGGGGCGACGGGGGCGCGGAGGACGCAGCCAGGCCGGCGGCGGCCUGCGAGGGAAGUUUCCUGCCCGCCUGGGUGAGCGGCGUGUCCCGCGAGCGGCUCCGGGACUUCCAGCACCACAAGCGCGUGGGCAACUACCUCAUCGGCAGCAGGAAGCUGGGCGAGGGCUCCUUCGCCAAGGUGCGCGAGGGGCUGCACGUGCUGACCGGGGAGAAGGUGAGCCGGGGCGCGCGGGCCUGGCGGGAGGACCUGGGAGCACUGUCCCGCGAGCACUCUGCCUGCUUUUCCAACCUGGUGUAG